AUGCCCCAAAUCAAUAAAAACAACGGUCAGGAUCGACGAAGUCGUCGUCAUGAUCCCCUGGGUCGAGCUCCUGAGCGUACUGCUAAGAGGGAGGAGUCUCCUCAGCAAGGAAUGAAAAGUUUGAGUGUGGCUCAACGCGUCAGUCGACCUUCUGAGACACGCUCUUCGACCCCACGAGGAGGACGUCCUGGUCAGCGAGGCCGGGGCGGUUAUCCUAAUGUGGGCGUGCGAGGCGGACAUGGCGGCCACUCGUCAAGCAGGCCCAGUAGCUCUAUGUACUGGAACCAGCCUCAGCCUGAAUCAGAGACUAUGUAUAAGUACAGCGCAAUGGCCUGGAUGACCCGUGUGUGUACCGCGGACGGAGUGCCCGCCACCAAGCUCACUCCUUCGGGACCUGCUGAUGGCUUCGGAAACAACUGGUACACGGAUACCGCCGACAACGGCCUCUGGAUUCGUUCAGAGACUGGACUUGGACUCGACAAUAUGGCCAAGCGGCUCAAGGAAGACAAUCCCACAGCUGUCGGCUUCAAUAUCACAAUGUCGGCCAUCAUCCCCGACAAGUUUGAGGCUAUCGAGCGAGACCAUACGCAGAAAGUAGUCAUGAACAACGACUUUGGGGACAAGGACGGCAAGCCAGUCGGUCUCUUCGGCAGGAACAUCCAGGCUCCAAGUGAGAAGAAGCAUGUUGUCAAAGGAUGGUGCAAGCUGUGUGGCAGCAAGUCCCAUACCUUGACUGACUGCGUCAUGAGAGGCUACAAAGGACAUGUGACUGGCUGCCCGAUCUGCAACGACCAGAAACAUGCGGUGGACUCUUGUGAGCAGUUCAGGGCAAUGAGCCUACAAGAGAAGGUCAAGAUCUUGGUUCAACAGCGAGCUAACAUGCCUCCUCUUAAAACUUCAAAGCCCUGGCACACAUACCUGUACGAGUUUUGCACCAGAGGGAAAUUCGUUCCAGGCGUCGUCUUUGGGUUCCCCUGGUCCCAGAAAUUCUGCAGGGACAUAGGCUACAAGGGCAUGGAGAAGAUCCAGGCAGCAUUCGACGCCUACCCCGAGUGGUACGUGUUUGCCAUUGAUCCGAAGACCGCGAGUUACGGGAAAGUCUUUGAGACUUAUUGGCAGCCAGCUGGUAUGGUUUGGCCCGCGAUCCUCGGCCCCCGCACCUAA